AUGCUUAUCGUCUCAAGGUCGCGUUGCCGAGCUCGAGUCAAACCUGGAGGAGAUGAGGUCGAAGCUGGCCAACAACAAGAGCAAGCUAAGGCUGAAAUUGAAAAGUGGCAAGAGAGCAUUUCGUCGUUAGAAGAUCUUAAGGAAGAAAAGCUGAAAGAAGAUGAGGAUGUUGUGCUGCAAUGGCAGGAACGAGCAACCGAGCUGGAAGCCGUGGUGAAAGACUUGGAGACUCAGCUGAAUGAACAAGAGGAAGAAGCGAACAAUGUGAUUGCAAUGUGGCAAGAGAGCUGCAACACCUUGGAAGCAACCAACCAAGAGCUGGCCCAGUCAAGUGAGAAACUGGAAGAGCAACUCGAAUCGAGCAAAGCUGCCGCCAGCAGCGCUGCGGAGCUACUCAAGACAACAGAGGUUGACAAAAAGGAGUUACAGGAACGAGUGAAUGAGUUGGAAACUGCAUCUAGAGGUCUCGAAGCCAAACUUAGUGACGAAGACGAGAAGGCAAAAUCGUUGAUUGCUGAUUGGCAAGAGAAGGUUGCAUCUUUGCAGGCUGCCAAGGACGAGGUCACGGUUGCCCUUACGACUGCAAAAGACAAUCAACAGUCAAUGGAACAAGAGCUGGCGUCACUCCAGAGCCAGAUGAAAGAGACUGAAGGGGAAUUGACUGUUGCUCGCGAAAGCCUAAGCGAGAAAGAAGCCAUGGUCGCUUCACUCGAGGGGCGGCUACAGGCAAUGAUAGAAUCCCAGGAUCUCGACGCGUCUGAGAAAGAUAGGGAACUGGAUUCUCUCCGCGGUCAAGUUUCAACUCUACAGCUAGAGCUGGACAAGACAGAAGCAUCUCUGAAAGAAGCCCAAGCGAAUCUUGCUCACAACGAGAAGGCAGUCUCGGAAUGGGAAAAACGUGCAAAUGAAUUUGAAACAAGCGUUAAGGAGCUCGAAGAACAGUUGACCGAACAAGAAAACGAGGCGAGAAACGCAAUUUCGGAUUGGUCAGACCGCGUGCAACUGCUGGAGAAGGAGAAGGGCGACCUUGCGCAGUCAUUAGCAGCCGCCCUGAACCGCAGCAAGGAACUCACGGAUGAAAACAAGUCCAGUGCGUCGUCUGCUUCGCAACUAGCAGAUGCCAAGGCUGCACUGGAAGAAAAGCAGCUAGUGGUAGAGGAUCUGAACGAGCAAGUGGCUGAGCUCGAGUCAAUGGUUAAUGGACUCCAGCAACGGUUGUUUGUGAAUGAAAAGGAAGUCUCGGAUAAGAAAGAGCAAGUGGCCGAGCUCGAGUCAAUGGUUAAUGGACUCCAGCAACGGCUGUUUCUGACUGAAAAGGAAGCCUCGGCCAGGCGGGAAGAGCUAGAAGAAUCGGCCUCUCAAGUGGCGAUGUUCGAAUCGAUGGUGAAUGGACUUCAGCAUCAACUGUUGACCAGCGAAAAGGACUCCACUGCGAAACGGGAUCAAUUGCAGGAAUCCAUCACCAACUACAAGCGUCAGGCCGAAGAUCUUGAUCGAGAAUUGCAAGAAGCCAGGGCCAAGAUUGAACAGCUCGAGGCUACGGACACAGCAAAGCCUAGCGAGGACAAAGUGGAGGCAAGACCGAGCGAGGCUCUCGCAGAUGAACUGGAAGACGUAUCGUUGAGCCAUGACGAUGAACUGCCUUCGCCAACAGGACAAACCGAGGGAGGUGCAGACCCCAAGGAUGAUGGUGAAGUUGCAGAGUUGAAGUCCCUAGUCCAGGAACUUGAAGAACAAAUUAAAGCCAAAGACAGCGAGAUGGCAGGCGAGGUCCGAGAGUGGCAGGGGCACUGUGUCGCCUUGGAGACACAGAUCAACGAUUUGUCCAAGGAGCUUGAAAAAGUCUCAAAAGCUCUAGCAAGGGCCAGGGAGGACAGAAGCAACGACCCCGACUAUGAGGGUAGCGUCGAGCAACAAAUUGCUGAAUUGGAGUCAACCAUUGAGUCUUUGGAGCAGGAGCUCGAAGACAAACACAUUGAAGCAGAAAAUGCCAUUGCUGAGUGGCAAGAUAGCUACGGAGUGUUGGGAGCAAAGAACGGAGAGCUCGAGGAACAGCUGGCAGCUCUGAAUAUCCAGGUUCAAGAUUUGAGAGACACAAAGCAAGCAGUUGACGCUGAAUUGGACCAGUACAAGUCACUUCAAACCCAAGCCAGUGAAGAAGCAGGAAAGCUGAAGGCUGAGUUAGAAGCUGCCAGCGAUGCGGAUGCAAGCGAGAAGCCUGCAGCCGACGGGGAAGCAGCACUUGAGUUGAAGUCAAAGAUUGCAAAUCUGGAGGCAACUUUGGCGGAGCGCGAGCAAGAGCUUUCGGACCGACCAAAAGAGUCUGCCUUGCAAGAACUAGAAGCUCGCUGUGCCGCUCAGGGCGAAAAGAUAUCGUUGCUGAACACGCAUCUCGAAGAGACCAUCAAGGACCGUGAUGAAGCUGUGGCCAAACUGAAGAGCGCUGAGAAGUUGUCCUCGGCAACCGCAGAUUUCUCGCAGGAAAGCGAACGCCUAACCGAAAAGAUCGCGGAACUUGAAACUCUCGUUGAAGAUCUGAAGAAAGAGCGUGAUACGUCAGUGGCUGCCAUGGAGGAAUCUUCCCGGCAGUUGGUUCAGAAAUCUGAGGAAGACGAAGCUGCCGUUGCGCAGUGGAAUGAGAGAAUCAAACAACUCGAGUCUGAACUCGAACGGCAAGAAACAGAAGCGAACGAAGCCAUUGCUGGCUGGGAGUCAAGUUAUUCGAUGGUGCAAGAGAGUCUUACCGGAGCUCAAGCCGAGCUAGAGACCUGCAAGGCAGAGCUUGUUGACUUGUUGAAGGCGCAAGUGUCGUCGUUGGACGAGAUUCUCGUGAAAUACGAUGAUGAGUAUGCGGCGGAUGAACUGAGUAAUGACUUGAGCGACGUUGAUGCCUUGCGAACGAAGUGCAGAGAACGGCUCAAUUUGAUAGAAACUUUCGUCUCCAGUCAAGAUGGCGACAUCAAGACACUCUUCAUUGAAAUGGAAAGCUUGCGAACACAAAUCCAAGAGAUGGAAGGUGACGUGCAAGCUGGUGCAAGUGUAGAACUUCUCAGGUCACAACUCGCUGAUGCCAAUAAGAAAACGGCGGAGAAGCAGAGCUCGCUCGAAGAGCUGAAGAGAUCAUUGGCCAGUGAACAGGGCAAGACGACGCAGCUGAAGUCUGCUUCGACUGAAUUGGAAACCAAAGUAACUGCAUUGGAAGCCUCCGUGGAAGCCGAAAUAGCAGCAAAAGAAGCUCUCGAAGCAAAGGCCUUCGAGCUUGAAUCGGUCAUCACCAAGGAACAACUCUUGAAGGGAGAACUCGAGGCUAAGCUUGCUUCUUUGGAAGGUGCUGUAAAAGAUGAGCAGCUUGCAAAGGGACUGUUGCAGGAAGAGCUCCAAGCAAAAGUGAGUGAACUUGAAUUUGCUCUGAACAAGGAGCAACUUGCCAAGGGAGGGCUCGAAGGUGAGUUGGAGGCCAAAGUUGCUGCAUUGGAAAGUGCUGUGAAAGAUGAGCAACUAGCGAAAGCCUCUUUGGAAAGAGAGCUACAAGCGAGAGUGAGUGAGCUUGAAUCUACUGUGAACAAGGAGCAACAGUCCAAGGGAGUCCUUCAAGGAGCGCUAGAAGCCAAAGUUGCAUCCAUGGAGUCGCUUCAAGGAGAGCUCUUCAAUCUGAAGGAGAAGCUGGAACAUGUCUCCGUUCGAGAAAGUCAAGUCACCGCAGAGCUCGAAAAGGCGGCUGCCGAGGGCAUUCAGCUUCGAGAAUCUCUCAGUGCCAAGACGAACACCGACUCAUCUGAAAGCGAGACGAAUAAACAAGAACUCUCCAUCUUGAAGAGUGAAAAGAGUGCACUGGAGAACGAAGUGCAGCGCCUCUCCAAAAUUUCGGAAGUGCUCGAAUACGACCUUCAAGAAGCCAACAACGCGAUGCAAGUUUACAUUACGAAAGAAGUUUCUGAUGAAGCCAAGGCCUACGCAACACAAGUUCUUCGAGAACAGCUGAACGAAAUUCGUAAGAAAGCAGACGCCGAUCGUGCUGCUGUAGCCGCCGAGAAAGAAGCAAAGAUGGCGCUGGAAGCAGAAGUCGAACGUCUCAGGGCUGACCUCUAUGCUCUUGUUGAUGUCACUGACCAGGAGAACGAGAUGUAUGGCAAGCACGCGUUGACCAUCAAAGCAACUGACAAGAUUCAUCGGAAGGAACGCAACGAAAUCAAUGAACUUCGAAAAUCUCUGUCUCGAGCACUCGAAGAAUUACGAACUUCUCGAACUGCCGAAAGGGAUGCCGAGGAGCGUGCCGCAAAGGCUGCUCACCACGUCGUUGUGUGCGAGCAGGAGCUUGUAGCCGCCAAGUCUGAUAUGAGGUAUUUGAUUCAGACAAUGGAUGAGAUGCGGCAAGACGAGGCAUCGAGAAGGGCUUCUCUCGAGCACCGCAUCAUGACGUUGGAAAACGAUCACGAGGUCUUGCAACGAUUCCAUGCGACCGAGACCGAUAGCCUCCGAAAUGAACUUACCCAAGCCGUGAUGGAGAAGGAUCGCACAUUGCAGCUUCUGAAGGACGCGGAAAAGAACAAUGCUGCCAUGCUGUAUGCAGCGUCAAGAGAUCACUCUGCCAGAGCAGACGAGUCGUCGGAAACGGAGCUGGCAAAGCUGCGUAUUGAAAAGGCACAGCUAUUGGUUGCGGCUGCAGAAGAAGGCGCCAGAACCGAGCGUCGAAUCCGUGAGGUUAUUGCAACCGAAUUGUCGAGCGCUGAAACGGAUAUCCUUGUGGAACGAGAAAAGCGUCUAGCCGCGGAGGCAGCGUAUGACAACAUGAAGUUGCUCGUGGCAGAAUUGCAGAAUGAUGUCCAGGCGUAUCGCCAGGAGUCUCGCUUGGGUCGCUCUCCUGGUAAGAUGAUGGUGGAGGCUGAUAAUAACCGCCUCAAGGAUGAGUUAGAAAGGGCCCUUCAGGAGAUUUCGUCGCUGCGCUCGCAACUGAUUGCUGCUCAGAGCGCAGUGGAAUCUGCCAACUAUAGGAUUGAACGGCUGACGGCUGAUUUGCACGUGCAACAGGCGUCCUCAAACAGGUUGGGUCGUGAGAUGAAAUUCCAAACUGAGUUUCAACAAGAGAUGUUACGCAUGAGAUCGACUCCACAGGCUGUUCGAGAAAAUGACGAUGGCGAAGAAAAGAAGGAGAAACGGGAAGACGAAAUCCUGACUAUUGUCGAGCUCUACGACAAGAUCCAUGAACAGGCAGAGGCACAGAAGCAAGCUAGAGAAUGCUAUCUAGAGCUGAAGAGUGCACACGAGGACCUCCUAUCUUUGCUGGCGCAGACUGAAGAACAACGUCAGCACUUGGAAAGGGCAUUGGUCGAGGCUCGUGGUCAAGCAGCAGUAGAUGCUGUGAACGAAAAGUCGGACCAGAGUGUGAUUGCACAGUACGGCCAGCGAGUGCGAGUGAAGACCCCUUAG